GAGAGGUAAUAGAGAGAGAGAGAAGAGGAAUACAAAUAAUUGAGAUGAUUUCAGAUCCUCUCUAGUUUUUGAAUCAAUUGAUCUUCUAAUUGUAAAUUUAUUGUAAAAUGGUUUAAAUUAAUUAACCAACCUUGAAAUGAUGUUUCAGUGAUAAUCUUAAAUUCUUAUUACCUGUGUUUCACUGGAUAAUCUCUCAGAUAGCUAGUGUUUUCUCUCUCUCUCUUCCCCUUCUUUUUCUCUCUUCAUUUCAAUCUCUUUCUCUCUUUUCUCUAUUUUUCUUUUAUUUUUUUUCUCUCUCUCUCUCCUUCUCCUUCUUCUUGUAUUCUCUCACAUCUUCUCCUUCUGUUUUACUCUUUACUUCCACUCAUCGUUUCUUCGUUGUGUAUUGAUAUAGCCAUGCAUUCGUACAAAUUGAUCAAGGAUCCAGAGAUUGCUUCUCUAUUUGACAAAGAAGAUCCAGAGAAAUAUUUCACCGAUCUGAGAGAGAUUGGGCAUGGAAGCUUUGGAGCUGUCUAUUAUGCUCGUUGUACAGUUAAUAAUGAAGUUGUGGCCAUCAAAAAGAUGUCAUUCACCGGUAAACAGUCCGCCGAGAAAUGGCAAGACAUCAUUAAGGAGGUCAAGUUUUUAGUCAAUUUGAACCAUAAAAACUGUAUAGAAUAUAAGGGUUGUUAUCUAAAGGACCAUACUGCAUGGCUAGUUAUGGAAUAUUGUCUUGGAUCUGCAUCCGAUAUUAUCGAAGUCCACAAAAAGCCAUUAAAAGAAGAGGAAAUUGCUGCCAUAUGUCAUGAUGCACUACAAGGAUUGGAAUAUCUUCAUAGUUUAGGUCGAAUACAUCGAGAUGUGAAAGCAGGUAACAUCCUUUUAACCGAGGAUGGCACGGUUAAACUUGCCGACUUCGGAUCUUCAUCAAUGACUUGUCCAGCAAAUUCAUUCGUUGGAUCACCUUACUGGAUGGCACCUGAAGUCAUCCUCGCCAUGGAUGAAGGCCAGUACGAUGGUAAAGUUGACGUCUGGUCCCUUGGAAUCACCUGCAUUGAACUUGCUGAAAGAAAACCGCCAUACUUUAACAUGAAUGCAAUGAGUGCCUUAUACCACAUCGCUCAGAACGAUUCACCUAGUUUAAGCUCUCACUCUGAGUGGUCUGAUAUAUUCCGAAAUUUUGUUGACUCUUGUCUUCAAAAAAAUCCUUAUGAUAGACCUACCUCAUCUCAAAUGCUUAAACAUGGCUAUAUCACACGUACCAGAUCUGGGACUGUUAUAUAUGAUCUGAUCAAUAGGACAAAGGCUGCUGUAAGAGAACUAGACAAUCUGAAUUAUCGACGCAUGAAAAAAAUUCUCAUGAUUGAAAAUCAAGAACUGGAAAGAGCUGGAAGUGAAAUUGAAGGAGAUUCAACGGAGGAUGAUCAAUUAGGAGAUAGUAGUAAAAGCAAUAGUAUUGCCAGUCAACAAAGUGAAGGCAUCAGUACCGGCAGUCAUAGUAGUAGUAAUUGUAGUCUUCCAAUCAAUUUCGAAAACAAUGACUUGCACAAAAGGUCACUUUCCACGAGACGUCAAAGCAGUAGCAACAUGAGUCGUAUCAGCCCUUCGAACUCCUCUGCAAGCUUGAAUAGUACCGAACUUGGUGCUAAUAAUUUCGCAACCCUUAGGACAACAUCAAUAGUUAGUCGUCAAAUAAAAGAGCACGAGGAAGAAAAUCAAAUGUAUGAACAGCUCAGUGGCUACAAGAGGAUGAGAAGGCAACACCAAAAAGCUAUCCUACAGUUGGAAGUUAAGUGUCGACAAGAGCUGGAAGAACAUAAGACUAAACUUGAAAAAGAAUAUGAAAGUCUUUUAACUCAAUUCAGUAAAGACUUGGAGAAAUUACAGAAUAAACAUCAAAAAGAACUCCAGAAAAAGUCAAAACACAAUCUAGAUUGUGAAAAUAGAUUAAGCAAAGCCAUAAAACAACAACAGGAAGAGGAGAGAAAACGAUUACUACAACAACAAAAGAACGAGAAUAAAUAUAUAAAAGAAAAACUUGAAUUGGAAUUUGCCAAUAAUCCAGAAUCGUUGAAGAAACAUAAAGAAAGCCUCCAACGAGCUCAAGCUUCUAAUCUCAGAUCACUAGAGCAAAGUCAAUUGGAGCAUUUCAGGUCGGAAAUUCGAAAGUUCCAAAGGAGAAAACUGGUUCAAUAUCAUGAAUUAGAAAGAGAUUUACUUCGAGAAGAGUUGAACAAACGCCAACAUCAACUUGAAGAAGCUCAUGCCAUGUUACUUCGACAUUAUGAGAUAUCGGUUGAACUUGAAUAUCGUCAACAAAGAGCGAUUCAUCAACUGAGAGAUGACCAGAUCAGGAAAAGACAUCAAACUGAAUUAGCCAAUCAACAAGAGUACAAUCAACGAAGGCUAUCUGAAUUGUCAAAGAAGCAUGCCUUAGAACUGAAACAACAGCCGAAAAGUUUGAAGCAAAAGGAAUUGCAAAUACGUCGUCAAUUUAGGGAAACAUGUAAAACUCAGACACGUCAAUAUAAAGUAUGGAAAGCUCACGUGUUGGCAUCCACACCCAAAGAAGAGCAGAAAAAUGUAAUCAAAAAGUUAAAAGAGGAACAAAUGAGAAAACUUGCCAUUUUAGGUGAACAAUAUGAACAAAGUAUUGCAGAAAUGCUUCAAAAACAAUCGAUAAGGUUAGAUGAAUCUCAGGAAACUGAAGCUCGUCAAUUAAAAGACCACCUUCAACAAGAACUUGAAUUAUUGAUCGCAUUUCAAAGUAAAAUCAGAAUGCAAACAGAAGCACAACGAAAUAGAGAAAAAAGAGAAUUAGAAGAACGAGUUUCCCAUCGGAGAGCUUUACUAGAGCAAAAGAUGGAAUUGGAAAAACACCGAUUUCAAGAAGAACGGAAUGAAAGGCAAAGACUUUUAACUGAAAGACAAGCCCAAGAAAUUCAAACUUUCGACGAAGAAACUGCAAGACUUGGUCUAAACUCACUUGCCAUUGUCGAAGCCAGUGAAUCAUUGCGUGAUGAUAGCUCAGUGACUGGCAGCAUGCUUAGUUUGGCUCACAGCAAUAGCGCUAGUUCUUUUACUCAUGCUGCCCUAUGACCCAUCAAAUCGUUCCUAUUUUAGGAACUAGGAUAAACUUCACAAAGAUUGAAAAAUGUACAGAAAAAACUACGAUCUUUGGAAUAUCAUCUUUUGCAAUCAAAUCCGAAGACUUUUCUGAUGCUUCCUAUCUAUUCUAAAUAUCCUAUCUUUAAAACUUUUUCUUUUCAUCUUCUCUGUCUCAUAAUUUCCUAACCCACAUUCUUUCAUAAAAACCCUUCUUUCGACAGGAAUUGCGUAGAUAAUUACUACUCGCUCCAGGAAUUUACCAUACUGUUAAUAUACUUGUAUAUGAAAGAUAAUAGAAAUGAAAUCAUCUGGGAUAUUGAUGAUUUUUCUCUACCACAAACCUUAUUACACCAUGGCCAAAUUAUCUGUUUAAUCUUUAUUCUAUGAGAUGAAAAAAGUGAUCAAGACGUUGGAGUAUUAUGUAAGCUUCGCCGGUCAGAAAAGAUUGGACGGAUUUCCAGGAAAAAAACAUCAAAUGCUACAAAAAUUCAAGAAACAAGAAAGGAUUCAGAUAAUGAAGCUGCGAAAUGAGUUUAAAGCUUAAGUGAGAUAGGAAAUGAUGAUAUUGGUGAUAAUUUUAAUAAUUCAUAUGAUGGUGAUUAUUAUAGCUAUGGAUCGAGAAUUUCAUUCAACUUAGGUUCAAUUUACAUAACUAAUGGUAAAUGUGAUCAUCAGGUGAACUGGAAAUUUAAAUUGGUUAAAAGCAACAAAGUGUCUAAAGGCGAUUGAAUUUUGAAAGAUGUUUACUGAUCAAGUGCAAUGAUUUCGUUGCUGUUGAGAGCGAAACAAAAUCCUCACAUAUUAGGUACAUGGCGAGAUGACAUCAAAAUGGAUUAACUAACAUAAAAAAUCAAAACUCAAAAGGAAAGAAUAAUUGACAAACUUUUGCGCUGUUAACACCACAUUUUUUGAUGAAUAAGUUAUCAUAUUCAAUGAGAAAUAACGAAAAUGAUACAUUUAUUUGAUGAUAAUUUUUUCUUCCUUUUUUCAUUACUUUUUAAAUAAUUGUAAACUGUAAAAUUAAUUGCGAUGCUAUAAUAAGACAUAAAUUAUUUGUCUCAGAAA